AUGUCUAUGGAUUUCAAGAAAUUUACCUACAGGCCUAGUCGUCCUGACAACCGUUUUCGGACAAAUUAUGCACUAAUGUCGCAAUGGAUGGCCCAGCCCACUAAAGGGACACGUGCCGACAUGGAAAUCCAAAGUGCCGUGUACGGCAAAAAGGUGGCACGCUCACAGAAUCCUUACAUGGACCAGUCGUCUCCCAAGGGGUACGCACAGGCCGCCGCCAUAGAGGAGGGUGUACCACCCCACACCCGGUUCGCUGAGGACAAUGGCUAUGACGACUUCCACAAGGCGUUCCGUGCUAUUAGCAAACAAUGGCCGAACAAGAGUCAUCCAAACUUUGGCCCCCCAAGGCUACGUAUGGGUCGGGCCGGUGGAAGCUGGCGUCACGUGAAAGAAGUGCUGCAGGCAGGAGGAGCCAGGAUUGUCUUUGUGGAUGGUCAAAGACGAAACACGGACACGAUCAACAUGGAUGUUGUUCCUGGGGGUCAUCUGGUGCAAAACGAGGCCCCGAGACUGGAUGGCGCCAAUAUGCGAUUCCAAGGAAUCGGCAGCGGUGGUAUGACAAGCAUGCGCAGAGAGAGGAAUUCAGCCAAUAGAAUAAACGCCACGUCCACGUACGGCCUGGAAACGAGACAGGGGCUUGAACAGAAUAACUGGUGUAUAAUGCGGUGA